AUGGAGAGGCCUUUCCUUCCACAAUACCCUCCAAUUCCAAAGCUCAAAUUCACCUCACCACCAACUCACCAAACUGCUUCCUUCCAAAACUCCAACGUUGAAGUCCAAAUCUCAACGGAGCUACUCGUAGCUCGCAUCACCCAAAUCCAUAACAGCAUAUCCAAACUCGACUCUUUAAGACCUUCCAAACAAGUCAAUACUCUUUUCUCUCACCUUGUAAUAUUAUGUAUGUCUACAUCUCCCAUAGACAUUCGCUCAUUAUCCCCAGAAGUGCAAGAAAUGCGAAACAGCCUCAUCGUUCUGUGUGGCAGAGCUGAAGGUCUGUUAGAGCUUCAAUUUGCAAUAUUGUUGAACAAAAUACGUCAACCUUUAGACAACCUUAAUCUUUUUCCUUACUAUGGAAACUAUGUUAAGCUAGCCAACUUGGUGUACAGGAUUCUUAGUGAGAAUGGAGUGGUGCAACCGAAGAAGGUAGCCUUUGUAGGAUCCAGUCCAAUGCCUCUUACCUGUCUUGUAAUGGCUACCCGUCAUUUGAAAUCUACACACUUUGAUAAUUUUGAUAUUGAUAAGACGGCUAAUGAUAUGGCUCGUGGAAUCGUGGCUUCUGAUGGUGACAUGUUAAAAAUGUGCAGUGACGUGUUAAAAAUGUGCAAAUAUGAAUUUAUUAUCCAAUAA